GCUAUAAAUAUGGCCAACACUGUAUACAGGUAUGCGUCUCUUAAUUAAAUAACCAAUCCGUUAGUGGUGCAUUCGCAUGCAACGGUUGACAUUCUUAAAAAAAUCAUCUAACAUAGUAAAAAUCAAAAUGCGUGAAAUGCGCUCAACGCGACCACAAACAAUGAAUAAUUUGAAAUUCACAUUCUAAGUCAUAGCCCAUCAUUCAUAGCUUCAAGACUUUAGACAAAUCAUCAUGUUAAAAUUACAAUUGAGUGGUUCUUUGAUUCUAUUUUGCAUAGUAAUUCAUUAUUUCUAUGGUGCAUACGCGAAUAAUGGAUCCACUAAGGACCUGCAACCGCAUAAUGCUGAGCCUGCAACGACUCCCAGCCCAGAAUGGUUAGAAUAUCAACGCGAACGCUUCAGUAAUGCGAAAGACGUGGAGACAUUGAGAAAAAUGCUUGAUCCAGCUUCGAAACUGUUAGAAACUAAAGGCCAGCCUGAUGUCCGAACAGGAAUAUCAAGUAUUCAAAAAUCAGAAAACCAAGUGGCAGCCAAGAUAAAAGAAGAAAAUAUAUAUACUGGAGCAACGGUUGAACAAGUACCAAAUGAAUCUAAGCAUAACGAGGAAAUGCUUGUUGAGGAAAAUUCAGACGAAAACGCAGAAAGAAGGUCUAAAGUGGAAAAUACCAACACGCUUUCACAUGUCAUAAAAGGCAUACAAUAUCCAACGCUUCGAGGAUUUAUAAACUUUCUAAAAACUAUGCAGCGCAGAUGGGUCAAACAAUCAAAAUUAACAUUCGAACAGAAACUUCAUAAAUUAAAGCGUUUGAAAAAUAAAAUGAUGCACUUGAUAGAGGACCAAUUCAGUAUGAUUUGGACACCAAAGGUUCACAUGCGCCGCAGACGCGGUAUAUUGGGAGAAUCAAAUCUUAACUUUCCUCCUGAGGCAGCUUUAAUUAGCAUAAAUUUUUUGACCUUUGCCGUUUUUCUAAUUAAACUGGUUAUGCAAGUGGUGCAUAUCAUAAAGAGUAAGCACUAUACACUUAGCGGAUUUGGUUUUACGUCCGCCGAUACCAUGACUAAAUCUACGUGAAAUCAGCACACAAGUAUGGUAUAUAACCCAGCUUUACUUAACAAAAUACUAUAACUUAGUUUUUAAUUUAUUGCUGCAGAAAGCUUUUCAAUCACAUUUGUUUAUCAUAUGUUAAACUUACAAACGUUUGAUAUAGAUAAGAAAAAAUACCUACGCAUUUAAAUUACAUUUUAAAUUUAAUUAAAAAAGUUACAAUAUUGAAACUAAUUAAAUUAUAUAAUAUGCAUUUACAUUUAAAUUAUAUAUAAUAUAUAUAUUUAUAAUUUUUGUGCAAUAAAAAGCAAUAUGUGAAUUA